UUCCUGUCUUUGUGUUUGCACCAGAUAGGGCUGUUUCGGUUUUCGUUAUUUCAUUUAGUUAUUUUUGUAGUUUCUGUAUGUAUAGUUUUCCUUCAUUUAAAUAUCAUGAAUCAUCAACACGCUGCAUUUUGGUCCGAUCCUUGUUCUACCUCUUCGUCAGAGGAGGAGAUAGAAGAGAGCCGUUACAGAUAUACUCAUUAGAGAAUGAUACCACUCCGCUGUGUAGAGUUAUACACGGAAUAGUGCGUUGUGUGGGAAAGACAGUGGUCUGUGUAGAGUUAUACACGGAAUAGUGCGUUGUGUGGGAAAGACAGUGGUCUGUGUAGAGUUAUACACGGAAUAGUGCGUUGUGUGGGAAAGACAGUGGUCUGUGUAGAGUUAUACACGGAAUAGUGCGUUGUGUGGGAAAGACAGUGGUCUGUGUAGAGUUAUACACGGAAUAGUGCGUUGUGUGGGAAAGACAGUGGUCUGUGUAGAGUGGAAGGACGACUAUGAGGAUAAGCCCAACUUGGAGGACUCUAGCAGGGUGAUCAUAACCGUUGCUGAAAUAUUUUUACAAUUUCAGACUUUAAUAGCCACAUAUGGAGACGGUUUUACUGAUGAGGGAACAACAAUUGAGAAGGUUGCCACAGACCCAUGUAUACGGGAAGCUGUAUUCCCAGAGAUAAUGCUUGCAGUAGUGGUGGGCAGCCCAUCUGUUUCAGGGGAUGAUCAGGAAGCAUGUGACCCAGAGAUAUGUAGAACUGGACACUCUCUCAACCCCACUGCUCUCUCCUCCAUGUCAAAGGGCAUAUAAUUCAUUGACAUACCUCUCAGAGAACUGGGACCAAGACACGGUAACAAAUCUGUAGAGGGAUUGCGGAAAAACAAUGAGGGUUUUCACAGGGGGUGGGUAUGCUGUGGGAUGAGAGAUGUGAUCCAGAUCGGAGUAAUGGUCAUUAUUGCCCGCCAGUCCCUACUGUAGCACCACAUAAGGAGGCAAUAGAUAAGCUGGUCAGGAAAAGGUUAGGAGAGGACUGGGAAAAAGGCAGAGAAUAUCACAAACUCAAUCAUAGAUCUAACGGCAAAGCCGUUACUGACAGUGACAGAGUUAAUGAUGUAACAACACUUACUGCUGUUACAUUGGGAGUAAUAACAAAAGAGACUCAAGGUUGUGGAAGGUGUUGUUGGAACAGCAUGGUAUUGGACUAUUGAUCAAAUAAGGUGGAUGUUGGAAUAUGCAGCAUGGGCAGUGUUGGCAGUUACGGGUGCAGCUAUGAUGGCAUUGUUAGGAUUCCAUAUAGUAAAGCUUUGUUGUUCAAACACACCUAUUGUGCGGAUUUUCCACAAGAUGAGGUGAAAUUGAUUCAGGCUACGGCUUGCGUCUUUAGGGCAGCUUUAGGAGGUGAACGCAGUGAGGAGGACUUGGCUGAAAAACAUAUAUUGUGAUCCUGUAGCCCUUGAUGGAAGACUGAGGAAAAGCAUAAUGGGGAUAUUUAGAGACCUACUUUUUGUGGACCUGAGCAGAAAAGCAUAUCAGUUGGUAUAGGGCUCAGGGGUAGCAAGAUAUUUUGUCAGUUGUGUCCCUCAAGCUGUGGUCAGAGAUUUAGUUGUACAUGUAUCUACAUAGAUGCUUAUGAUAAUCAGUAGAAUUUAGGAUUGUUUUAACUCAGUUUGUUUGUUUUGUGUCUUCUAGUCUUUUCUAUGUCUAUCAAGUCGGUUUCUAUCACACUCUCAGGUCUGAAGAAAACCAAAAGAAGUACCUGUACUCUGAUGUCAACGUCAUCGCCUCAGAGAUCCUGGGGAGAGAGACCACCAUCCCAGAGCUGAUGAAGAAGGCAUCACUGUGGCUGGAGCGCAACGACUUUACCUUCGAGUUCCCCAGGCCUCUGAUGCCUAAUAUGGUGAUGAUCGGAGGAAUGAACUUUGAGGAGCCAAAUGAACUGCCAGAGGACCUGCAGGAGUUUGUGGAUGAGUCAGGAGAGGAUGGCUUCGUGGUCUUCACCCUGGGCUCUUUGGUCUCCCAGAUGCCAGAGGAGAGAGCCAAGCAGUUCUUUGAUGCCUUCAGCAGGAUCCCUCAGAGGGUUGUGUGGAGGUAUACAGGGGUGGUGCCUGAGAAUGCUCCAGCCAACGUCAGAGUGAUGAAGUGGCUUCCUCAGAAUGAUUUGCUGGGCCACCCAAAGGUCAAGGCCUUCAUCACCCACGGAGGAACCCACGGUAUUUACGAGGGGAUCUGUAACGGCGUUCCCAUGGUGAUGCUGCCAUUGUUUGGUGACCAGGGUGACAACGUACACCGCAUGGCAGUGAGGGGAGUAGGGGAGGUGCUCAGUGUGUUCGACGUCACCUCAGACAAACUGGUGGAAGCCCUCAACAAGGUCAUCAAUGACAAGAGUUACAAGCAGAAGAUGAUACAGCUGUCAACGGUGCAUAAGGACCGUCCCAUUGAGCCACUGGACCUGGCCGUGUUCUGGACAGAGUUUGUGAUGCGCCACGGAGGAGCCGACCACCUGAGACCCGCUGCUCACAACCUGAACUGGAUCCAGUACCACAGUCUGGAUGUGUUCGCUCUGCUACUUACUAUAAUUCUCACUGUUGUCAUGGUCACCGUUAAAUGCUGCAAAGUCUGCUUCCGCAAGUGCUGUGGAAUGAUUUGGACAAUGAAGAUGAAGAGUGAGUGAAUGUCCUUCCUGUGGCUUAGGCUGGGAUUCAAUCCAAGGCUGGUUGUAGUGCACUGUCACCAAUAAUGUGCCUUUUACAGGCAAUGUUUCCGUGUUUGCUGUGAUCGCAUUCACGUUAUAUGCUGCAGAUAUCAACUCAAAUUAUCUUCAAAUGUUAAGCGACCUACAAAGCUAUGCUUGAAUACCAGCCAAGCCUUAAGGCACUAGAGUCCAGUGAAGCUAUACUGCCACCUCUAGGGCCUGUGUGUAUAACAGGGAAGAUAUACUGUAGGUUGAAGUAAAGGAACACCAAAAAACUGCUCAGUAAACCCACACCUGGGUUUGUAUGGUGUGUGUGAGUGAAGGGUUUGUGUGCAGUGGGGGGAGCUUACGUCAUGUUUGAUAUCUCAGGAUAAUGUCAAAGUAACUUCAUGCAUCUGUUAUCAAUAAUGCCUGAACCCAGCAAGACACAAGUCCCAUUUCUCAGCCACUGUGCCUUUGGAAGAGUAUGGCCUAGAUGAAAUCCGUAUUGUGGAAGAUCAGUGCAAUAGCGCGAUUGCCAUUUAAAAACAAUGUUCCUGCAUUUGCGGAGACUGCGUUCACACGUGUCUCAAUCGGAAAUUUUAAUUGCAUUAUAACGCAGCUCUUCCGCGAUAUGGUUGAAUCUCGCCAUGACUCUGGCCUUUCUAGUUCAGCCUGUCAUGCUGAUUCAAUACCCUGUUAAAGGCCCAGUGCAGUCAAAUUUGAUUUCCCUGUAUAUACAUACACACACACAGAGUUUGGAAUAAUACUGUGAAGAGAAAAGUAUGAUCAUGUCCUUUUAGUAUAAGAUCGGUUUAAAAAGACCACCUGAAAUGUCAUCCUAUUUAGGUGGAAUGGAGUUAUGGCCUGCCUGUUGACAUCUCCAUGCUGCAAGUUAGUUAAUAAACCAAUAAGAAAGAGUUCCAAACCUAUUUGCCAAUAACAGCUAGUUUAGUUUCCCACACCCCACUGAGACCACUCCUAGACAGUCCCAGCUAAAUACUUGCUUGAGAAAUUGAUCUUAGCUAAGAAGCUGUUUGUUUAAAAUUAAAAUGGUAAAAUAAUCGCAGUAAUGUACUUAUUUGUUACCCAGAAAUUAUUUGAUAUUGAGAUAUAAAUGGCUACAUUGGACUUUUAACAACCAAAUUGGUGACAGGAGAGAAUAUCUCAGUCUUUGAAAUGCAUUUUUCACUGGUAAAAAGUGAUGUCUUCCAUGCGAUGUCAACAUGUUGCUAGAUGUUAAGACAAAGAAUAAGUAUUUUGCUUAUUUGUUGUUGUACAGUAUUUUGGAUCACAUUGUGAAAAAAAAUAAUCUACAAAUACAUUUUAAUAAAAAGUUGUCCCUUUC